CUGCUGCGAGCUUCAAGCACGAUAGCCGACCGAAUCCAACGCACACCUCCUCACUCGCUCUCUUUAUCACAAAGUAACUCGAUGGCCAAGAGAGGAGACAACGGACGUCAUCCGCCCCGCGAUCGCGACGAACACUACGACAGCGGAGCACAACGGAAAGAUCACAUCAAAGCUGGGCAACGGAUGGAUCGCAGGAUCGAGUCCGGGUUUUUAUUUCAGACUGCCUAUGGUCGUGCUUUCUGGAAAAGAUUUUCAGUCGCUGGUUCUCAAGGCUUCGCUGUAUAGCAGCCAACGUCAAGAGAGAAGUAGUCCACCUCGACUGUAUAUCUGUCAUAUGCCAUUGUACAAGAUACCCUUGCUAACGUCAUCUCAUCGAACUAGAUGCUGGUAUCUGUUCAAAGAAGUAACGCUACUGUCUGUCUGCACCCUUCUCCCUGCUGUACGGGCGUCACUGAAUGUUUAAUCCUUGGCCUCUGCAAAGUACCAACUCGGAAUAGCCUCCAUCCUUCUCUGUGGAUCAGCAUUAUCUUUUAUCCCGCCGAAAACGAGAAAAAGAGGUACCGACUCGCGCAGAGCUGGAGGCGAAUCAUAAUUUCUCAGGCUCUGCCGCUUGUUUCUCGCGUGUAUUUUUGGUUUUGCUAUUCGUUUUGUCUUUUUAUUCGAAUUUUAAAUAUAUCGGGAGUCAGUGGAGAUCAUCUCUCAUGCCAUUUGAUUGCUGGUGGCUUCCUUCACCUUAUCUAUAUAUACUGUAGCCGUCUUUGUAGAUCGCUGUAUAAUACCGCAGCAUUUAAUCGACGCCAGCCUUUGCUCUUAUAAAAAUCCAUCAAUACUCAAUGACAUUCUGAGAAGAGCUGCAUGUCACAAGGUUUGUCACUGUGAUUCCUUGUGUAGUUCUCUGCUCUGGAGCGCCAUAAAAUAAUUCACUCUAGUGGUGUCCUCAGUGCUCAGCUCAAGAUGCGAAAUUAGCAAGUUGACAUCGGCGUAAUGGUUUCUAAUAUCAGAAUUCAUUUUAAGUUAUUUACUCAUAAGUACCGGUCUAAGUCUCCAGAAGUGCGCAAAGGAGUGCUUAAAGUCGCCAAAAG